GGACAGAAUAGUGUUCCAUGGAGCAACCCAUAGACCAAAUGAAAGUUCAUACACACAUGGAAUAGAAUGACAGACUCCAAAAAAGGUGUUGAAGAAGCCGAAGUCCGGGUUGGUGGUGAUGAUGGCGAUGGCGAGGCCAUUAUGUCUUUGGUGGCUCAACAGCAUGGUAUCUUUGGGCCUGAAGGGAUGAAUCACGGAGACAUCAACCUCACUACAGUUAGUAAGGGUUCCAACAUCGAAAAGACUGACGAGAUUGUUCUCGAUGAAAGUCGAAAUCAACAUCAAGAUGCCGCAACAAUAAAAAGAAAACCUACAGAGGAGGCAAAUGAGAUUACCAUAGUCUCGAACCAACAACCCGAGAGUACUGGCCCUAUAACGGAUGUGAACACAAACACAAACAAAAAUGAAAACAACAAGGAUGGCACCACCAUCGACGACAGCAACAUGGUCAGCCAUGACAAACCAUACUCUGUCUUCACCCGACGUCAAAAGAUUGGUAUAGUGUUUGGGGCGACCAUGGGUGGGUUGUUUUCACCUUUCACCACAAACAUUUAUUUCCCUGCCUUGACCACCAUCGCCACCGAUCUGGACGUCAGUAUCAGCAAGAUCAACCUGACCAUCACGACUUAUAUGAUCUUUCAAGCCGUGGCUCCUGCCUUCAUUUCCGGCAUCACCGACGUUCAUGGUCGUCGACCGACUUAUGUCAUUGGGAUGGUAGUGUACAUGGGUGCCAACCUCGGGUUGGCCUUGAACCAUUCUUAUGCCGGUCUUUUGGUGCUUCGAAUGUUACAAUCGACAGGAUCAAGUGGUAUGGUGACUCUUGCUCAAGCAAUCAUAGCAGAUGUAAUCACGAGCGCCGAGAGAGGAAGUUAUAUCUCCAUCACCAGCAUCACCGGUAUCGUCGGACCAAGUGUGGCUCCCGUCGCAGGUGGUUUGUUGGCUCAACAUCUCGGUUGGCACAGUAUUUUUUGGUUCUUGUUCAUCGUGGGUGGUGUGUACAUCAUCCCGUUACUGAUAUGGUUCCCAGAGACCUCCCGAAAAAUCGUCGGUGAUGGAUCGAUACAACCUCCCAAAUUGAACAUGUCGUUGGCUGGUGUUUUGAAACAAGAUCGGAACGACAACGACCACAAGAGCGAGGUCGACACGACACCGUCGGUCGGGAAGAGCAAAAGCAAGACAAAAAAGUUCACAUGGCCAAACCCCAAAAGUACAUUGGCCGUUUUCGGCGAUUUCGAAAACACAAUCAUCUUGUCGGUCGUCGGGAUAAUUUAUGCGGCCUUUUAUGCGGUGUCGGCGACCUUGAGCACACAGUUCCACGAAAUCUACGGUCUCGACAGUAGCUCGCAGGGGUUGUUGUUCUUGACCAUCGCCGGCGGCAGCAUCCUUUCGUCCUUGACCAACAGCGUCGCUCUGGACAGGAAUUUCCGCCGUCACGCGGUCCUUCAAAACGUCGACCCGGACCGAAGGAAACAAAUCGACAUGAGGGGGUUCCCGAUCGAAAGGGCCAGGUUGGAAAUCGGUUUACCCUUUUUCGUGGUUGGAGCCUUGACCGUCGUCGUCUACGGUUGGAUGUUGCAUUUCAGGGUCCACAUGGCAGGUCCGAUCGUGAUGUUGAUCCUGUUCGGGUACACCAAUCUGGCAGGGUUCAACACCCUGAGUGUCUUGUUGAUAGACCUGAACCGGUCGAGGGCGGCAGCCGCAAGCGCCGCCGCGAAUCUGAUAAGGGCGUCAUUGGGCGCAGGGAUGACGGCCGUGGUGAAUCCAAUGAUCGAAGGCAUGGGUACCGGUUGGUGUUAUACCUUCACCGGACUCGUCCAGCUGUUGUUUUUACCAUUGUUGUGGUUGUGCAUGGAAAACGGGGUGGAAUGGAGACGGAAACAAGAACAAACGCAAACACGGACAUCAGGGGGACGACGACACUGACUGACGGAAAAGGUGGCAGGUGAAUGCGUAUACAACCGUAUUGGAUGUGUCACUCUGUUCACCUCAAAAAAAUCAAUACGUCCUCGUGUUAUCAGGUAGUUAAAUAUGUCACGUCGUGGUGACAAUGGAUGCUGAGUGAUGUUCUAGAAAACUGAUGAAUAUUUAUAUCCAUUGAAAUAUGUGGAG